CAACAUUGUUUAUUUUGGUAUUUUCAACUAAAUUACAGUAAAAGCCUGUUCGCAUUAUCGGACGGUGCGAACAGGCUACAACAUGUCCGAGAAGAACAGUCAGAACAACAGACAACAUGAGACAAGUCAGAACAGGCCAGAUGAUACAAGUUACUGUGAUGUGUUCCUCAGUUCACAGGAAGAUAGAGACAGAUCAUUUUCCAAACUAUACCACGGAGAUGUCAGCGUACUCGGAAAAAUAUGGAUCUGCACGCUCCGGGCGUUUCUGCUAGGGUUCCAAUACCCAUCAUCAGGAUACACGAAAACUCCGAAACAAGAAGAGAAAAUCAAAGUUUCCAAAGUCGUCGUAGAAUGUCCCACAGAAGACAAUACUGAUGCACUUCUUCAUAACAUAGUUCGUCCUUACGUAAGCAUGAUAAGAAGCGCCUGUCAAGGAAUAAUGGAUGUUAGUAAAAGAACUAUCAGUGAUGUCCAAAACGAAAUCAAGAAUGAAGUUGCAACAAAAAAAGAAAGUAUAGUUAAGUAUUUUAGAGGCGAAGAGAAUUAUACCAGAAGAGUUCAAAUGGUUGCAAGUGGAGGUAUGCUAGGGUAUUUAAAACCUGGUGGUUUGCCAACAAGAUUCUUCUGUGCUGCUAUUGGACUGGCUAGUACAGGGAUGUUGUGUUUUCCUAAAGAAACUGAUGCUACGAUAAGGGAGGUCUCUUAUUUUACUGGAAGAGCAAUCAGGAAUGGCUAUUAUUUUAUGACGGACAGAAAACCUCCGGAUGAUCUGCAUUUUCGUGAUGUUUUUAAAAGUGAUUCUGAAAAGUAA